AUGAAUGUGGAUCGCAUCAGAAUGUCUGGAACUGAUGAUUUUUCGUUGGCAGAUGCUUUACCAGAUCAGUCGCCUGCUAAAACCUCCAAAGUGAGCAGUACAAAACCUGGUCAACAGCCUGGUCAGCCACCGCAGGGUUGGCCAGCUUCGAAUCCUUGGAACAACCCAAGCGCUCCCCCUACGGCGCCAGCCGGACUGCCACCAAAUACGUCUGCUUCCAGCGUGCCAUUUGGACCUCCGCCAACAGGAAUGUAUCCUUCAAUGCCCCCUGGACCGCCUGCUCCAUUUCCUCCUCCUCCUACUGGACCCUCUUGCCCUCCUCCUGGUGGUCCAUAUCCACCCCCAACUGUGCCAGGUCCUGUCCCACCAGGGCAAUAUCCUCCACCAAAUAUGCCCUUUCCAGAGCUUCCAAGACCUUAUGGUGGUCCAACAGAGCCAGCUGCACCUCCUGCUCCUGUUGGGCCAUGGGGAUCCAUGCCCUCUGGAGCAUGGGGACCAACAAUGGGAGGGCAGUAUCCUGCACCUAGCAUGCCAUAUCCACCCCCAGGGCCAUAUUCCGCUCCUACCCAGACUCCAGGGGCUGCGCCAACAGUACCAUGGGGUACGGUCCCACCUGGAACAUGGGGACCUUCACCGCCAGGUCCAUUUCCUCCACCCACAGGAUCAUAUCCAGCUCCAGGACUAUACCCUACGCCCCCUAAUCCUUUUCAAGUGCCAUCUGGUCCUGCUGGUGCUCCAUCAAUGCCUGGUGGUCCCCAUCCUUACCGUUGAAUACAUUCUGGGGAACAAAAUACUGUAGCUUUCCACCUUCAUCCACUACUUACAGAGAUUUUUACAGUUUUUGUUUCAGUAAUGUUUGGGGCUGUGAAGAAUACUUGCCUCUUGUAUGUGCAUUUGAGGUAUGAAGGAGCAGUUUGCAUAAAUUUACCUUGCUCAUAUGCUGGCGUAAUUGUUUGGUUUAAUAAAAUGAAUUACGAAGAACAGAAAUAAAACUAACAUCUGUGGUUCUUAUGUUGGCAAGUAUUCCUUGGAAAAAUGGGAGUUGCCAAGUAAGGAUUAUAACGAAUCAGGCCCAAGGACUUAAAAAAUGUUAGUUCUUAACUUUCCAUGAAUGCUUUAAGUCUUGUUGCCAGACUUGUGCAGGUCACUGAAUGGAUGAAUAGUCAUAUUUUGUCUACUUUCAGGUUAUUCUAAAAUGUCAAUAAAAAGUGUUUUGAGAUUUUUGUCAAGAAAUCUAAUUUUUGAACAUGCUACAGUAAUUCAAACUAAAGAGGCAGAGCAUGUGAACUUGAAGGUUUUCUCAGCAUUUUGUAUAUACUCAAAACAAUUGCUCAGUCUGGGACUACGGAAGAGAAGAUAACGCAUUUGAAAUACUCAGUCUGCCUUGUCAGCACACUGUUUGUGUUCACAAACAGGCAUUUAUGUGCAAAUUAAAUAACCUGGAUGUGCAGUUAACUUUGAAUCAACAAAUGUGAGUUUAAUGCAUGCAAAUGAGGACAUCAUUUUGCCAGUUCUCAUUCUGUGGUGAUUGGAAGUUUGGCUUGGUCUAUGUAAAGAGAAACUGAUUCCCACUUAGGUAAGGUACUUCCCUAUUUCUAACCUGGGUUCUAGUCAUUUAAAAUUUGACUUUGCUGCCGAGUUGUGUUAACUCGGCAGACUUUCUCAGAGUCCCUAGAAACUGAACUUGAGCUUAAAAGAUCAAAAAAGCCCCCCAACCUGACAAUUCCCUUCCCAGCAGUUUUUGGCAUGGCAUUUAGUUCUAUCAGCUACAAAGAUCCUUAUUGCCACAGUUGAGAACGAGGAGGUCUCAUCGGGGCUCUGCUGGAUAUUGUAAAGGGGAGAAGUCCUCUGUUCUCAGCUAGGUGUCUGCAUACCUCACUGAGUAAGUGUAAUUUGGGAGUAAUUGAAUGUCUAGAAGCCUGUGCACUGCUGUGUAGCUGUCCCCUCCUCUGAAGGGGCACUGCGGUGAAGUUUUCAUAUUCUUGCCAUAUCUGUGCAAAAAGCAUGCAAGGGGUUUGCUGCAAUGCUGGUUUAGCGUUACCAAGACACACAGCCACGUGUCGGUGAGGAGUUCUGGCACUCUUUGUGGUACUUCAUAGCCUGGACUUCGACCGUGGACAGUUUGUUUUAUCCCCAGCUGGGGAUAUCCCAACUUAGCCUCUGUAGGUAGAAUUAGGAACAAAUUUUGCUUAAUGUGGUAGCUCAUUAGGGAGUCUUUGUAUCAUGGAACUGUGAAAGUGAGUUAAUUCUCUUCCAGUACCUUUUCAUGGUUUCCUGCAUGCAUGUGAUGGACUUCUUAAAAACAAAGGGGGUGACCUGGUAGUGAUGCUUGUUACAGUCUUAGCCUUUAUGGCAAACUCCUGCAAUAUUUUUGCAGAAGAAAGCAGUCAGCUUAGCUGUGGCUGUUUUUAAUCUAUGUCAUGAAAGCUAAUAGCAAAGGUACGUGCUAUUUUUUGGUUUAGGAAUACAAUACUGGAGCUGAACAAAAAUACUCACCAUUUCAGCUUAAAACCUAGUACCUGUAACCCUAGAAAUAGGAACCAAAAGUGCAGGUCUUCAUUAACCUUAAACAAGCCCCAGUUGCCCCCCU